GACCAAUCAGAUUAAAGAAGACACCACCGCAUGAAAGAGCUUCAGCAGCACGAGCCGCUCAGCACCAGAGUCUGAGAUGGAGACAUCAAGAGUCGCUCUCAUCGCUCUCGUGUGUGUUGUGUUCUCCAGUCAGAAGAGGAUCUCUGGAGCAGAAGUGGAGAUGAGAGUCAGAGCAGGAGACGACGUCACUCUCUACUGUGACUGUGUUAGUAAAGGUGGAUUUUAUCCGGCAUGGUUUAGAAACUGCUCAGAAGAAGAUCAUCCUGCUGUCAAGAUGUCGAAUAAAAAAUUGAUUGGUGGUGCAUCAUCACGUUACUCAUCUGUGUUUAAUAAAUCCACCAACACACACGAUCUGCUGAUUAAAAACGUCACAGAAUCAGAUCAGGGCCUGUACUACUGCGCUCUACAUGAGAGAAAGGUUAUGGAUGAUGAAGGAGGUUUAAUACAAAGUAGAGACGUGUAUCACUAUGGAAACAGAUCAACUCGACUCACUGUACUCGAAAUAGCCUCUCCCUGUGUUACUGUUUCUGUAAAUACCUCGACCCCGUGUGUAUCAGAGGGGAGUGUAAGCUGGAGUCUGGUGUUGAGUGUGUGUGCUGUGUGUGUUCUCCUCUCCUCACUCCUCUCCUCCAUCUGUGUGUACUGCCUCUGCACAAACACCACUAAAGGUACUCACACACUCGCUCUCAUCACUAACACUCAUUCAGCACUGAACACAGGAAGGACGUCUUCUCUUCUCCAUCCAGGAGGCGUCUCUACUCACCUCAAGAGUCAGAGCUGAUCUGGCAGGAAGUGACAAAAGGACGACCCUGAGACGUGAAGAGGUCGGAGAAGAUGAGGUUUGUUACGCCUCACUGGACGUCCAGAAGCUCGAGAGGAAGAAGAUGAAGAGGAAGAAGAGAAUUCAGCACUCUGAUUUCAGCACAUAUUGAGAACUGAGAGAUGCUGAGGAGGUGUUCAUCAAUUCUGAACUUUCUGUUACAUCACAGUGUUUUAUUUUCAUCAACCGAUUUUUACUCCUUCAUGUUUUUAAUCUUAAAGACUGAAAUGAAUUUGAAGUUCCCAUGACGCAUUCAACGCUGCGUCAUGACUGAUGCUAUGGGAACACUUUACUGAGAAAGUUGUGUCUGAAGCUCUGUGUGCACAAAUGCCAAUUUAUAGGCUGAGAUAGGACAUGUCACGAAAGGAAUACAUUCCCUCUGUGGAUGUGUGUCGAUUGUUUGUCUUGUCUGUCUAGACUAGGGAAUAAGAAUAUAUUUAAAGACUAGGAAAAAAAAGAUUUUAUGGCGACCCAGAUUUUUGAGAUGAGUGUGCAUCCAUGCCCUGGUUUUAUCAAGGAGGAUUACACACACAUUCUUGGCAUUGUUUGUUUGGGAGAAGAGCAUGCCCGGUCAGCUCUCAAGGGAGCCAGCUGCAUGCAUUGCAAGAGGCUUUGUGGGGCUUGAAAAUCAUGCAGCCAUGCCCAGGACUGAAGAGUUGCUUGCGAGCUAUCUCUCCCCUACAUCACUGACAUGGAGGAAGCCCGCGCUCCCUUGUAAGCCAUGUAGUCACUUCAGCCUUUGUGGGAAACCUGUGGCUUAACAGGGAUUAAAGACAAAGGUAAGUCCUUUCUCCUAGAAGCCCUGAUUUCACCUCAGGGCCAGUUUGGUGACACAGUGAGCAUGGUCGUCGACCGGCACCAAGAGGUGAAGCGCCUGUCGGUGGCGUUUAGGGAAUUUAUCCCUUGCUGCAGUGAGCAGCCUGAGCCAUCUUCCAGCUGCACCUGUCCCCCCAGCUCGCUCACAGGAAAGAAGGGCUAGUGUGGCAGCCCAUGGCCCCCGAGUGUGCUCAGACCAAGGCCUGUCAGACGAGACUAGAUGUUAGGUCUGUCAUCUCUGCCAGGCAAGCCAAGAAGGAAUCCUGACUCCCAAGGGCUAGGGUUCCUAGGAGUGUCUUUCUGUUGAGGCAGGUGCUGAGGCCUGGGAAGUAGUGUCUUCAUCUACAGCUGGUAGAGAACAUCUGGAAGAAUUUUGGCUGUGCAGAAGUGGAUCUGUUUGCCUCCAAGGAGUCUAUUCUCUGGGUCUGGCCCCUGAGGGGAACCAGUUAGGCCUCCCUCCACUAGAAAGCUGUAUGCUCUGAAGUGGCUUUUGCUCUGAAGAAGGCUUUUUCGCCUCUGGUGCGGUCAGCAUGGUCAGGACCCAGUUCACUGCCCGGUCGGUACAGUGCUUGUACCACAAACUUGUCCUUGAGGCCUCCUUGGGUAGGAACACUCUGGUCUUUAAUUUUCUGUGCAGUGCCAGGAAGCUGAGGCCUUCCUGCAGACCAUGCCUCCCCUCCUAGGACCUUUCUGUGGUCCUAGAGGGGCUGCUGAAAGCUCCCUUUGAGCCUAUGGAGUCAACCUCUGAGAAGUUUCUGACCCUAAUGAUGGCUCUGCUCUUAGCCUUGGCCUCCCUUAGAAGGAUGGGAGAUCUGAAGCCUCUAUCAGUCACCCCCACCUGCUUAGAAUUUGUCCCUGGCUUGUCCAAGACUAUCCUGCACCCCAGGGUGGGAUAUGCCCCCAAGGUGCCCAGGAUGGCCGGUUGUCCGGGCAUCUUGCAGGCCUUCUGUCCCCUGCCCCAUGAGUCAGCGGAACAGGAGAGACUGCACAUGCUUUGCCCAGUAAGGGCCCUGAGAAUUUAUGUCCACUGCUCGAGCUCAUAGCGUAAGUCCUCCUCCCUGUUCGUAUGCUUUGGGAGCUGGAACAAGGGCAAUCUGGUCUCCAAACACUGGGUAGUAGAGGCCAUCAUCCAGGCCUACAAGGUACGUGGUAUUGCUUCGCCUCUAGGUGUUAGAGCUCACUCUACUAGGGGUAUCGUCUCAUCCAGUGCCUUGGCUAGGAGUAUUCCCCUGCAGGAAAUUUGUACUGUGGCAGUCUGGACCCAGGUCCUUCAGGGCUAAUUGAUGUACUAUUCCUGGUUUGCUUGUGCUCUCUCACGGCCCCUGGGACAAACAUCGACCGGCACGUGGUGGCGUGGGUAUUGACGUUCCCAUAGCAUCAGUCAUGAUGCAUCGUUGAGUUCCCUUGAAAGGGAACUACACCUGGUUAUGUAUGUAACCCGGUUUCCUGAGAAGGGAAUGAUUCAGCAUCACUUGCCACACCUCGGGCAUCCACUCACGUUUCCUUCAGACAAAUAGAAACUGGAGAGAUGUAAUGUAGAUGCCCUUAUAUGGACUUAUUGGUGUGUAUUCCCAUCGUCACAUAUCCUAUCUGAGCCUAUAAAUUGGCACGUGCGCACACAGAGCUUCAGACACAACUUCCUCAAUGAAGCUUUCCCAUAGCCUCUGUCAUGAUGCAGUGUCUCGUUUUCUUCUCAGGGAACUGGGUUACAUAUGUAACCUGGUAUAGUUCUUGCUGCUUGUGCUUUAUGGUUUUAUUACUGAUGUAUGCUUCAUUAUUUUUAGAUGGAUUAAAAUACUGAAAUUAAUUAAAAUG